CGGACAUUGAAGUUGAACAACAAACAGUACUGAAAACAUGGCUGAGGAGACAGUGUUAGCGGACACUGGCUCUUUUACAUUCUCUUGCUUUAGACUGGCACAGCGUGUACUGAUGUUACUUGGUAUUCGUAGUUUCUUCUACAAUGUUUUCUGUUUCUUGGACAAGACAUUGAGUUCAUGGUGGAUCACUGGCUGGCUGCCCUCCUGGUGCCCAACAUCCCAGAGCCAACUGAAGGAGGCAGAAGAGAAGAUGCUGCAGUACAUCACAAGCAAGUUCUGCAGGCAGUUUGUCCACAUAUCUGACAAAAACUCACUGUGGACAUUGGUAUUUAAGGGGCCAAUGGAAAAUAAGACCCCUCUAGUGCUGCUGCAUGGAUUUGGGGGCGGUGUGGGACUCUGGGCGCUGAAUCUGGACUCUCUCUCACAGCAGAGGCCUGUUUAUGCCUUCGACCUGCUGGGGUUUGGACAGAGCUCCAGACCUCACUUUAACACGGAAGCACGGGAGGCUGAGCUCCAGUUUGUGGAGUCCAUCGAACAGUGGAGGGAGAAGCUGGGCCUGGAAAGUAUGAUUAUGUUGGGCCAUAACCUAGGAGGAUAUCUGGCUGCAUCGUACGCUAUCGCAUACCCAACCAGAGUAAAGCACCUGCUUCUGGUUGAACCGUGGGGUUUUCCAGAGCGUCCUGACCCAGGAGACCAAGAUAGACCCAUUCCUGUGUGGAUCAAAGCUAUAGGGGCAAUGCUUAGCCCAUUCAACCCUCUCGCUGGUCUCAGAUUGGCUGGACCUUUAGGCCCUACUCUUGUGCAGACUCUGAGACCAGACUUCAAAAAGAAAUUUGCAGCUGUAUUUACGGAUAACAGAGUGACAGAAUAUAUUUACCAUCUUAAUGUCCAAAUUCCAAGCGGUGAAACAGCCUUUAAAAACAUGACCAUUCCGUAUGGCUGGGCAAAGAGGCCCAUGCUGCAGAGAAUUGGCCUGAUUCACAGCGACAUCCCUAUUACAGUGAUCUAUGGCUCACGCUCCAGCAUAGAUGGCCACUCCGGCAAUUCAAUCAAAGAAAUGAGGCCAAACUCCCAUGUAGAGAUCAUUGCCAUACGAGGCGCAGGGCACUAUGUGUAUGCUGACCAGCCAGAGGAUUUCAACCAAAAGAUACUUCAUGUCUGUGAAACAAUAAGCUGAAGAGUGCUGAUGAAGGUACAUGCUGUCAGAAACUCUUCACACAUGGCUUUCUGCAGAACUGUAUCUCCACAUCAGCUUGUGAGCAGCAGAUUAUCUGUGUGGCAUCCUAAUUUUGAACCUGAGAGUUUGAAAGCCGCUUGGUUUGAAAACCACGUUUGUUUUGCACCACUACUGAUUCUUGUAAGCAUUUUUGUGCCAAACAGUAAGUUUGCAUGUCACGUAGUUAUGAUGAUAUACUGAUAUGAAAAAAUUCAAAUGUUUAUAUAAAAAAAAAAUUAUCUUUGAUUUUGAUAUAAUAAUUAUGGAUUAUUAUAAAAUAUAUUAUUAAAGUUUAUAUACUAAGGUUUUUAGCUUAAUAUAAUCCACAGACAAAAGUCUCCAAAUCGGAGCUGUUAGGCAUUUAAAAAAUCCCUUGUUAAUUGUUUUCAUUAUUAGUAUUUUGAUAUACUUUUUCAUCUUUUGUGUUUCUAAACUAUCAUGAGAGUUUUAUGAAUAUAGACACCAAUGAUUGUGUUUUAGAGCUUUUAAAGCAUUUUGGUUUGUUUUCUACCUCAUGAAACUAUCAAAUGGGAUUAGAAGGGAGACAGGCAUGAACAGAAAGCACAUGUGUUCUCUGGCCAUGCCGUUCACUUAAUGUAAAGCCUGAACAUUUUCAUUCAACGGAUUCCCACAACAUCUUUUUUAAGGGCCUCAGUUUCCAAAACAUUUAUCAAAUUUGGCAUUUAAAAUCCAUCUUGCCCUGCAGGCUGGUGUUACAGUUUUCACAAAUUAUAUGUAGAGAGACUGAGCCCCAGGUCACAGUCUGUUAAGUAUUCAGGCAAAAUAAAUGCAAUGAAAUUGAAGGCUUUAGGACAAGUCAAUAUUCUGUAAAAGCAUUCAGUAAUAAAUGGGCAUUUUUUUGUAAGGAACAGUGAUUUUAAUGUCAAUAUAUUUUUACAAUUAAAUCACCGGUGCCAUAAAGAUUUUGUAAAUAACAUUUUGUUCAGAUUUAUAUUUUUCCAGUUUUGUCCAGUCUAUUUUUCAUGUGCCAACUCCGACGUCUAUUGUUAAUUUUAAUAAUAAUAAACUUCUUUUAUGAGUCUCUUGAA